AUGCGCCCAAUUUACCUGCUCCUCUUGGCCGCACUCGAGGCGGCCAGCUUCGCCGCCGGCCCGAAUCGAGAGCAGUGUCUGACUACGGAUGCCGGCGUGGUUGGGCCCGUGGUUGCUGAGGAGUGCGAGAAUCUCAACCCCGUGGCCUGCGCCGCGCAGGAGCGGAAUGAGUGCGAAGAGGUGGACGGCGAGCGCAGCGGGCGCAUGGCAGAAGGUGUCGACAAGACGAGGGAGUGGAAGAUUGGCGGCGAGUUUGAGUGGAUGGUGAUGCUAAAGUCUGGAGGCACGUGUUCCGGGAUGCUUGUGGACGAGGAGUGGGUGCUUACGGCCGCGCACUGCGUAGCCAACGACGAGGGUGCCCCCCACGGGACCACAGUGCACCUCGCGCACGACGAGACCGGGCCAACGCCAGGGUGGUCGCCUGACUUGGCCGGCACCCCUCUUGACGUGCCGACCAGCAGCGUCCACCUGCCCCAGAAAGCGCGCAAGUUGAGGCCGAUCGCGCUCAGCAAUAACCCGACGACGUCUGGCAUCAGCGUGGCUGGAUUUGGAGCGGACGAGUACCAUCAGAAUGCCGGGUGGAAUCUGCGCACCAAUCAAGCGCGUUCAGUCAACACGGUUGGCCCAAUCGUAUUCCACUCAGCGGGUUACAUGGAGACCCAUAUGUCGUCGGGUUCCCAUCUGCAAGCCGAUCCCCAAACUGACGGUUCCAUGUGCGGCGGCGACUCUGGCGGCGCCUACUUCAUCACAAACGAUUGUGGGUGGCCCGAGCUGGUCGGCGUGCACACAGCGAGUGAUUCCGAAGACUGCAAAACAGGCAAAACCAACUGGGCAGAUAACCUCCGUCACAGCGACUUCAAGAGCUGGAUCUGCUCCACCACAUCCAAUAAGCUGGCCUACUGCACGGACUCGGGCGCUUGCACGCCAAGGCCGGACAAGUUGGAGGGCUUUGCACAUGGCACUUGUUGCACGAUGGUCGUGGCCGGCAUUAACAGCAAGAUGACCUCGUGCGCGUACUGCGAGAGCUCCGACAUCUCCGUGUCGCUUAUCGGUGGCAUAAAGGCAGGCGACCACACAGGCAAUGGCUGUUACUGUGAGACUAUGUAUGUCUGUGGCGCUGGGCAUAGCGGCUGCUCCUCCUCGUGCCUUCCUGGCGACGCACUGGUCACCGCAAUCAUUGGCGAGGCUGUUCCUGGAGCUGUGCUUCCCAUCUCGGACGUGCCCCAUGGAGCAAAGGUCCUCACAACCGGCGGCUUCUCGCCGAUCUACCUGUACGGCCACUCUGACAGCGAGGCCGUGUCGCCAAUGCAUCGCAUCGAGACCGACUCGGGCCACGCAGUUGAGCUUUCAGCCCAGCACUUCAUCGAGGCGGACGACGAGCACAUCUUAGCCAAAGACGUCCAAGCCGGCAUGCGCAUGUCGUUGUCUGACUCCGCAGGGGCUCUCACUCACGUGACAGUCAGCCGUGUCAUGUCCGUGAUGAAGCAGGGCCUCUACUCCCCCUUUACGAUGCACGGUGAUAUUGUCGUCGCAAGCAGGGCCAACUCGAGCGCCGGCAUCGUCGUCUCGGAUCAAUCCGAAUGGUUCGCCGAGGGGCACAUGCCGACGAGGUUUAUCCCAGCACUCUACCACGCUUUGCUCGCUCCGGUCAGGGCGCUCUUUGUACUCAGCCCGGCGUGGGUCGGCCGCUUCCAUGCGGUCACCACAGGCAUUCACAACGCACUGAACGAGGCAGGCGCGUGGCAAGUUGUAAAGGACGCCAUCGCCAGCGGCCCCUGGUGGGCUGACUGA